UUAACAUAGAACACGGGCCGUUCCAUUGAUGCUUCCCCGCUCCCUGCGAGCACUGGGUUCUGCCACUGCAGCGACUGCAAGCCUUUGGGGCUUUUCAAUGGAUCGGCGGCAAGGCAAUUCCACAACUGGCGGCUACUUUGUUGCGAGUCCUGUUCCUGCUGGGCCUUCCAAAGUGGCCUACACAGAGACGCACAUCUUUCCGACCUGCGAAAAACCCUCGUUUGAAGAGUUUACCAGCUUUGAGACCUACAUCUUCGACUGUGAUGGUGUCAUUUGGGGUAUCAGCGAUGAAGACUCCAAGACUUCUGUGGCCACCGUGAACUACCUCUUGCGACUUCAGAAGCGGGUGAUGUUUGUGACCAACAACUCCAACAAGACGAGGGCGCAAUUUGUGCAGCAGCUGGAAAGCAAGGGGGUGAACUUCGGCAAUCGAAGUCAGGAAGAGAAGUUGAGCAUGAUGAUAAGUGCCUCCUAUACCACAGCGGCAUUUCUUCAAGAUUCUGGCCUCAAGCGUCCGUUCAUCAUCACUUCUGAUACCGGAGUGCUGGAAGAGUGCAGAAUGCUUGGCAUCACAGAUUACUUCGCAACCAUCACUGAUGACGGCAAACCAGCUGCGCUCUUCCAAAAACUGGACAUGUGCAGCGCCGCGGACGUGAUCAAAGCGCGGCCCAAUGUGGAUUCCAUCGUGGUAGGGUGGGACAUGCAGCUCACGGCCCUGAAAGUGGGCACUGCUGUGAACUAUAUCAAAUGGCACGAAGAUUUGCAUGCAAGUGAACCUGGCUACAAGGAGAUGCCCCUGAUCGCCUGCUCCGGAGACACAGGGGGCGUCUUAGGGAAGACCAGCCACCUGGGUCGGGAGCUGAAACUUCGAGCCAUUGGCAACGGUGCCAUGGCAGACAUCAUUGGACGCAGCUUUGACCCGCCCAAAGCGUGGGUGGACAUGGGCAAACCUUCAGAUGCCCUUCUGUUGCUCCUCCGAAGUCCACAUGCCUACAAUGUGGAUCUGAGCAAGGCUCUCAUGGUCGGAGACACGCUGCAGACUGACAUCGUCUUCGGAAACAGAGGAGGCAUGAAGACCUUGUUGGUGUUGACGGGUGUUACCUCGCAACUUGAGUUGGAUGAAGAGUUACGCGCCAGUGGACCCAGCGUUCGAAGGCCGACCUAUGUCUUGCCAAAGCUUGGUAGCUUUGUGGAUUCGGGGCACAUUGCCCGUGUGGAAAAGGUUUGACCGCAGCCAAUGACUGCACGACGCGACUCCGGAGAAACCGAUGGUCUGUCUGAUCUUCAGCAGACUUCAGCGGAUUCCGGGCAUGGCUGGGGAUGGUUUAAUGCGA